AUGGCUUCUGAGGCUGCUCAGAAUUUCCUCCAGCCACUCUCUUCUUGGAUGUCUCAAAUAUACGAAGCGAUCCAACAAGCAGGAGACUCCAUAUCUGCCUCACUGCUGAAUUUGAGUGGAGUGGGUCGUAAGCCAGAAGAAGAGAGGACCCAGGACUUGGAGAAUAAUGGAGGUGUUUAUGAGGAUUAUUCUGAGGAAUCAGAUGAGGAACAAGACCUGGACCUUUGGGAUGAGGACUAUUUCUAUCCUAGAGAAGACAGUUGCAUUGGAGGCCCUGAUCUUGCUUCACAAAACCUCCCUCACGGCUCUGACACGGGUCCACAGAGGCAAAAAAGAGUUAAAAAUACCAGCACCUUGCCAGAGCAGUGCGUUGAAAGCAGCAGGACCUUGGCAACCAAUGGAUCCUACUGGACAAGUGAAGACCUCCAGCCCCUUGAUCGGCUUCCUCCCAUCGCUGAGGAAGAAGGUGAGCCCUCUUUGAGGAUGGGAGGUCUUGAGCACAGCCUCAGCUUGGGUGGCUCCUUAAACAGUGCUGAUGGCACUGCACACUGUGCAGAUCUGGAUGGACUAAGCCAACUGAGUUACCAAGACAACCUUUCCUGUCGUGAAGAUGACCACGUAUCUGUUGAUUCAAGAACAACAACCAGGAGUAAGGGCACUGGGCAGCACAAAGGGCCCAGGAUGGAGCCCAGAACUGGGGAUGGUGUCAGCCAGUCACACAGGGAAGGACGUCUGGAAAUGGAGACAGCAUUUGCCAGCCAGGGAUUGGAAGUAAAUGAUGCUACUGACAGCUCAUCAGCUUGGAGCCCUGAGGAGCACAACGAAGCGAGCAUCGCGCCAGCCCAUCGCGGUGCCCAUGAGCCCAUCUGCAAAUGUGGUGACCUGGAUGUCAUCUUCACCUAUAAAUCCUCAAGCCAAAAGCUCAUAGCCACUGUCCUGGAGGCCAGGGACAUCCCAGACAAGGACCGCAGUGGCGUGAACACCUGGCAAGUGCACGCGGUUCUGAUGCCGGGCAAGAGACAGAGGGGUAAGACAAGUGUGCAGAGAGGACCCAUCCCCAUCUUCCAGGACAAAAUCACCUUCAGCAAGCUGGAAGCUCAGGAGCUGAGCAGCCAGGCCGUUCGCUUCCGCCUCUACGCCGUGCACAAGGUGGUUGGGGAGAAGAUGAUGGGGGAGCAGCUGUUCUACCUGAGCGGCAUCAGCCAGGAAGGGGAGGUGAAGGUGACGCUGAUCUUGGAGCCAAGGAGUAACCUGAGUAGUGCAGAUUCUCAGCUGAGUCUGUCAGCAAUCUCUCACAGUGAUAGCGCUUCCUCAACACAGUCCCUGUCACAUGGAGGGGUGCCAGAGCUGCUCGUGGGACUGUCAUACAAUGCCACUACAGGGAGACUGUCAGUGGAGAUGAUCAAAGGCAGUCAUUUCCGAAACCUUGCAAUUAAUAGACCACCUGAUACCUACGGGAAGCUCUGCCUGCGCAACUCCGUGGGUCAGGAGAUGUCCCGCUGCAAGACCUCCAUCCGCCGGGGCCAGCCCAACCCCGUCUACAAGGAAACCUUCAUCUUCCAGGUCGCCCUGUUCCAGCUCUCUGACGUCACCCUGCUGAUCUCCAUCUACAACAGGCGCAGCAUGAAGCGCAAGGAGAUGAUCGGCUGGAUCUCCAUGGGCCAGAGCAGCAGCGGGGAGGAGGAGCAGAGCCACUGGCAGGAAAUGAGGGAGUCGCAGGGGACACAGGUCUGCAGGUGGCACACGCUGCUGGAGUCCUAGCGGGGACCAGGGCAGCCUGGGGCAAAGGGCUGGCUCCCCUUGCUGUCUGCCAGCAGGAAACAGCU